AUGACUUCACUGUCAGAAGAGGAAGCUCCCGGGUCCACCUUGAAGCUGCUGGUGUUCGGAGUGGAUGAGGGCUCUCCCGGGGUUGUGCAGAGCGUCCUCCUGGAGCAUGGGCGGGACCAGUUUGACGAGCCCCUGCUGCUAUGGCACAAGAUCAACCACAUGGUCAUUCUCACCGUCCAGGCCGUGGUCCCCUCCGUCCCCGUGGCCUACAACUGCUUUGAGCUCUUCGGGUUUGACAUCCUGAUCGACGACAACCUCAAACCGUGGCUUCUGGAAGUCAACUACAGCCCUGUUCUGUCCUUGGACUUCUCUGUGAAGAGAAGCCUCGUCCAUGUCCACGAUGUUAUUGAACUCAUUUACCUAAAUGGCCUAAGGGGUGAGGACGGGAAGGGCGGCAGGGCUUCCCUGGCGAGCAGCUCCAAGGCCUCCUUUGGCCUGGGCGAGCAGCAGCCUGAGCUCUGCACGGCCCCGGGUUCCCUUCCCUAAGCCUCUCUCUUACCAUUUGCAAGCAGGGCGUGCAGCAAAAGCAACCCCGCUGUACGGGGAGCCGUGGAUGCCUGUCCCACGCACACGCGGACCUCCCAGCUGAGAGAGAUGAUGGGCAGGCAGCAUGUGCUUGUGACCAGGGAGGCCGUCAAAAGAAAGCUGAGGCUCAGGGCUUGUCACAUGCCCCGCAAGGUGCUCUCCCCGUAUGCACCCUCAGCUCAGCCGCAGCCCCACAGGACCAAGGGGGCCGUGGGCGUCCUCCCAGAAGCUGGCUCAGCACCAAACCACCGUGCUGGCAACUUUGUUCUCAUUUUCCCUUUCAACGAGGCUACCCUCGGAGCCUCCAGGAAUGGGUUAGAUGUCAAAAGAAUAAUCCAAGAGCUCCAGAAACAAAUGAAUAAACAACUCUCAAGUGCCCAAGACCCUCGCUUUGCUUUGGCUGGACCCAAACUUGGUGUGAAAGUCCCGGCAGCCUGGCUCACACCGUGGGCGCGCGCAGCCCGCAAAGCCGACAGUGUGGCAGCUGAGGUCACGAUCUUCCACCACCAGGAAGGCAAGCGCACCUGCCUUUUGGAGUUUCUCAUCCUUGACUUCGAAAGCUAA